AAUCAAAUCAAAUUAAAUUAAAUCUUUAAUCUUCUUCUAUAAAUAAUACCCUAACACGCUCUCUCUCAUCACAUCUCAAUUGUAUAAUGCUUUCUCUCUCUUCCCAAUAACACGCGCUUUCUUUUUUCUUUCUCUCUCUCUCUCUCUCUAGAAAAAUCUAAACCAAUAAUGGGAACUGCAAUUCUUCGUUCUCACGAUUGUCUUCAACAAGGUCGGUUUCUUCCAAACGACGCUUUCUCAAUUCCUUCCUCACAGAUUCGAUCCAGAAAAAACUCUAACCCUAACUGCAAAUCCUAUGUCAACAACAACAACCACAAUCAGAAUCGUCGCCGGAAAAGAAGUCCGGUGGCGAACGUCAAUCACAACGAUCGGAAACAAUCUGUAGAUCGUACGGUGGCGCCGGUGAAUCUUGUUAUGGGACAAGUAAAGAUUCUCAAAAGAGGCGAGAAGUUGAGUCCGGAGAAGUUCAACGUGGUGGAGGAGAAUCGGAAGGUUAAGGAUCUGGAUCGUCCUGAUUUGUUAUUAGGAUCCACGGAUCGGUUUGGACCUGAUCCGGUUACUAUGCAGAAACAGAUUAGGGUUUCGGAUUCGGUUUUGAAGGACGGGAUUUACGCUGGAUCAGCGUUUGUUGCUUCUCCUCCUCCAAGUUCCGUUCCGGUUCCUGGUUUCUUAGGGAAGAACGGUGUUGCAACAAGUGAUUUGAGGCGGUUGCUUAGACUUGAUUUGGAUUGAUAAGUUGUUGAUUUCGUUGUUUGGUGUUUGUUUUUUACUUUCUUCUUCCGAAGUAGAUGAUGUUGGUUACGCAUGAUAUAUUAGUUCGCAUAAACCCUAACGUGCUUCCUUUAUUUUUUCAAGAGGAUAGUACGUAGGGUGUGAACGUAUGAAGAAGUGUUGAAAGCGAAGCAAAGGUUAUAGUAACGAAGUAACAAUGAAGGUUUAAUGUUUUCAGUGUUUAGUUCCGAAUAGGGGAGUCUUGGUUAUAGUUAGGUUUUAUGGUUAGUUCAUAUGUUGAUGACAAAAGGGAUUAAAGAAAGAUGAAUCUCUUGUAAUUUCUUUAGUCUGAUAUAGAUGAAUAUAGACUAUAGGGUGUUUGAAUUUAGAAUUUUCGUUUCUGUCAGUCCCAUGUGUUUGAUUCUCAUAUACAUGGAAGAAUAAUAAAGUUUGUUGAUUUUAGUUUAAGUUUUCAGUCGUUGGUUUGGUCCUAUUUUUAUGUAGUUUUGAAAUUCAAUGGUAAUAAAAGAAGUAUUUUAGUAUUAA